AUGUCGGGAGCCCUACGGUUAGGCACAGAAAAGCAUAAGAAAGUAAAGGCUGCCUGUGAAGUAGGUGUUCUCUCCACGGCGGGAGUGUCACUGCUUCUAGGCCCCUUGGUGGACGGGGAGUGGCUCCUGACAGACCCCUGCAUUCACGUCUGCAUCCCUGUGUCUGUCCGUCUGCACGUACUGAAAUCUAGGCGUUCGCUCCUGUCUUCUGAUCCCAAACGGCCCCUCGGGGCUCAGUCUAGUGUUCCCGCUUUCCCUAUUCGUAACUCCUGUCUUCAGCGGUGGGGUGGAAUCUGCUCUGGUCUGUUCGGGCCGCUGUAA